AUGCGCAGGGGGCGGGGCCCGAGAGAGAGCUUGGAGAAGACCGGAAGUCCUUCCGCCUCCGCUCGCCCUCGUGCUCCCUUCAGCCCCUUCGCAGCUCCGUGCGCAAGGUCGUGUCCCGGAAGUGAAGGGGCCAUGUUGAUGGGUGACCCGGAGACAGGUACCCGGCCAGAGGCGAGUCCUGCGGAGUGGUAGCGCGCGCGGCCUGCGGUGUGACACCCAGCCCCUGCCAGUCCCCCAUGGCCCCGUGGAGCCGAGAGGCGGUGCUGAGUCUCUAUCGGGCUCUGUUGCGCCAGGGCCGACAGCUUCGCUACACUGAUCGAGACUUCUACUUUGCCUCCAUCCGCCGUGAAUUCCGAAAAAAUCAGAAGCUAGAGGACCCUGAGGCCCGGGAGAGGCAGCUGGAGAAGGGCCUGGUCUUUCUCAACGGCAAACUGGGGAGGAUCAUUUAGGAUCCUCCAAGGGAAAGAGGACAAAGGUGCCUUCUGUAGACACUCCUGCUCUCUCCCAUCCCCACCUUACAGAUGCAUUAAGAAGCCUCAGAUGAGCAAUGGCAGGCGCUGGUGAGCGCAAAGGCAAGAAGGAUGACAAUGGCAUUGGCACGGCCAUUGACUUUGUGCUCUCCAAUGCCCGGCUGGUGCUGGGGGUGGGUGGAGCGGCCAUGCUGGGCAUCGCCACGCUGGCAGUUAAGCGGAUGUACGAUCGGGCAAUCAGUGCCCCUACCAGCCCCACCCGCCUGAGCCAUUCAGGGAAAAGGAGCUGGGAAGAACCAAACUGGAUGGGCUCCCCCCGACUGCUGAACAGGGACAUGAAGACGGGGCUGAGCCGGUCCUUGCAGACCCUUCCCACAGACUCCUCUGCCUUCGACACAGAUACAUUCUGCCCGCCCCGGCCCAAGCCAGUGGCCAGGAAGGGCCAGGUAGACUUGAAGAAGUCACGACUCCGCAUGUCCCUGCAGGAGAAACUUCUUACUUACUACCGGAACCGGGCAGCCAUCCCUGCUGGAGAGCAGGCUCGGGCCAAGCAAGCUGCCGUGGACAUAUGUGCCGAGCUCCGGAGCUUCCUGCGGGCCAAGUUGCCUGACAUGCCGCUUCGGGACAUGUACUUGAGUGGCAGCCUCUAUGAUGACCUGCAGGUGGUGACAGCUGACCACAUCCAACUCAUUGUGCCCCUUGUGCUGGAGCAGAACCUGUGGUCAUGUAUUCCUGGUGAAGACACCAUCAUGAAUGUCCCUGGCUUCUUCCUGGUGCGUCGUGAGAAUCCAGAGUACUUUCCUCGUGGGAGCAGUUACUGGGACCGCUGUGUAGUAGGGGGCUACCUCUCUCCAAAGACAGUCGCAGAUACAUUUGAGAAGGUAGUGGCUGGCUCCAUCAAUUGGCCAGCCAUAGGGUCCCUCUUGGACUAUGUGAUCCGCCCGGCCCCACCCCCAGAAGCCCUCACACUGGAGGUGCAGUAUGAGCGUGGCAAACAUCUCUUCAUUGACUUCCUGCCAUCAGUGACCCUCGGUGACACAGUCUUGGUGGCCAAACCACACCGGCUAGCCCAGUAUGAUAACCUGUGGCGGCUGAGCCUGCGUCCCGCGGAGACGGCACGCCUGCGGGCUCUGGACCAGGCUGACUCGGGCUGCCGAUCUCUGUGCCUCAAGAUCCUCAAGGCCAUAUGCAAGUCCACCCCGGCUCUGGGCCACCUCACUGCCAGCCAGCUAACCAAUGUCAUCCUCCACUUGGCCCAGGAGGAGGCUGACUGGUCUCCGGAUAUGCUGGCCGACCGUUUCCUGCAGGCCCUGAGGGGACUUAUCAGCUACUUAGAGGCUGGAGUCCUGCCCAGUGCCCUAAGCCCCAAGGUGAACUUAUUUGCAGAGCUCACCCCUGAAGAAAUAGACGAAUUAGGAUACACUCUCUAUUGCUCAUUGUCUGAGCCAGAGGUGCUGCUGCAGACGUAGGGCAGGUGAAGGCCAAAGCAGGUGUUGGUGGUCAGGCCCUGGAUUCUCCGUUAGAUACACUUGGCUACGUAGUUGGUGCCUCACAGGGUUCCUGGUGCCUCCUGUCUUGCUGAUCAUCACCCUGGUCACUUCAUGCUGAUUCGAAUGACAUCUCUUCCAUCUCCUAUUUUGUUACCCAACUCUUCCUAUUUUUGUUACCAAUCACUGUGCUCCCUGCUCCCCCCUGGCUCCAGGCUAAUUUUUCUGGAAUGAAUUGAGAAGGUGGUGUGCUGGCCUGAGCUGAUGGAUCACUUGGUGUUUUGCGUUUCGGCCCAUGUUUGCUGCCUCUAUCUGGUCUGCCUUGCCCGUUUGCCUGUUCCUAUUCAGUGUCUUUUCUAUCUUUUCCUCUCUUGUUCAUGCCUUCUGUUUUGCUCUUGUCCCUGGAGCGUAUCUGCCUAAUUAAGAUGUUGCCUUUUAGUUGAAUGCCACUGAAGAGCUGUGAUAGCAUGUUUCAAAGCUGAACUCUACAGAGCCCAGUGCUGAGACAGUAUUUAGGGUUUCUGGGAGUGAGGCUGGUAGAAGAGCUGUCCUUUGACCGCGGUUCCUGGAGUAGAAGUCCAUCCUCCCCCCCACCUCCUGACCCAUUCAUAAAUGCUGAGAAUGUCUCUCAUGGGAACACUGUUAAUGACCCACACAGGAUAAGCUGAAUGCAAAGUUAUUUGCAGAUUGAAUUUCUUGGUGGCUAUUAGCAGAAGUGCAGAGUAGGGAACCAGAGCUGGUUAAGGGCCUAGUGAAGGGUUUGUGUGCCCAGUGUCUGCUUGUCAUCUGUGGCUGCAGGGGUCAGACAGACAAGGAUGGGGGCUGCCGGGGCACCACCUCAUCACGAAUGCUGGUUUUCACACCUUUUCCUUAUUUUAUUGCCAAUCAGGACAAGGCCUUGAAGGGACACAGCCUUAGCCAUCAGUUGAGGAUGAGGGAGGUAGACAGUUGACUGAAUGUCAGCUGGAAAAUCCAGUCACUAGUUGGGGUUUGGUGGCCAUGUUUUCUCCCCAGACAGGCCCUGCUUUUCUCGGAUGUGGCCUUAGAGCAAGAACAGACCCAACAGCCAGCCCUUCAUCCUCCAGUGUCUGCCAUAGGAACAUGAGAGGGGUAUUUGCUGAGUGCUCCGGGCACGGCCAGAGGGCAAGUGAGCAUGCACAGACCUCUUCCCCCUGUCCUGUUUCUCACCCAGCACCUGGGGAGAUCGGUGCUACCAAGGAAGAGAGCACACAGAUAAGACAGAGGGGAGGAGGUGGGCAUUUCCUAUGUUCCUCCUUGUUUCCCGCUACUGAGAUUGCAGUAUUUAUUGCAAUGUGAAUGUAUCCUGAAGGUGGGGAGGAAUGUUUAAGCUACCAUGUCUGUGUGUCGUCUUGGUUUGUGUUUUUCCCUGUUUGUAGCAAGACUCUGAUGAUAAUUCUGUUUCUCAUUGGCCCAUUCAGUAUUUUGUUUUCCUCCCGUCAAGUUGUCUUAUUUUUUCGAUGACUACCUCUCCAUCAGUGAGGUUCUGGUGAAGCUCUCUGCAGCUGUCUCAUUCCUUCCCAACCAUAGUAACGGGAAAUGACUCUUUAGCAUUGAUACCUCAGCAUCAAUUUAGGGUAGAGAUUCCUGCCCCUCUUAUGUCACAGAUUAGGAAAUUGAGAACUAGGGUUAACCUUGACUAUAUUUAGAGGUCUUUUUGCCUCUUUUCCCCUUAACAAGGAUUUCUUAUGGUAGUUUCAGUUUCAUUUGCAUAAAGGUACUGAGAGGGAACAAAAAACAUAAAGCUGAGAAUCUUGAGAGAGCUUAUCUACCCUGUCUGUUGGUCAGACUCAAAUGAGAGUUUAAAAAAAAAAAUCUGUAUGCCUGAGUACCAUCCUGGAUGAAUCUAGAAGGUAUGGGGUAGAGCCUUACAGGGUUCAAGUGUACCCAUUGGGUAUCUAUUCGAGGGAAGGGAGAGGAGAGGAUUGAUAGAGUGUUGCAAAAGUAUAGAUUAUUCAUUGAGAUAAAGGAUUUGGUUUCCCUGCCAUGAGUAUUAAAAAAAUUUAAGUUUUCCCAGGCUUGCGUCUCUGACCAAAUUUCACAUAAAACAUUGGAAGGAGGCCGGGUGCGGUGGCUCAUGCUUGUAAUCCCAGCACUGGGAGGCUAAGGCGGGUGGAUCACUUGAGGUCAGGAGUUCGAGACCAGCCUGGCCAACAUGGCGAAACCCCGUCUCUACCAAAAAGACAAAAAUAAGCGGGGCAUGGUGGCAGGCGCCUAUAAUCCCAGCUACUCGGGAGGCUGAGGCAGGAGAAUCAAACCCGGGAAGUGGAGGUUACAGUGAGCUGAGAUCAUGCCAUUGCACUCCAGCCUGGGUGACAGAGUGAGACCCUGUUUCAAAAAAAUAAAAAUUGGAAGGAGAGCUUAAAAAGGAUAAGAUUUUAAAGAGUCCCAAGUUAUUUGAGUGUAAUUGUCAUUUAAGGAAGGCAAAUGAGUUUAUCAUCCUUCUUAAAGAGCAUCUCUUUUAACUGUUUGACAAAACCAUAACUUUGUCAUUUUACAAGCAAGAACCUCUUAAGAAGUCCUCGGAACUAGAAGCAGUGUGAACUCUCAGCCCUGGUCCUGGUGGGAUUGCUGGCCAUGACUGGGCAAGCCAUUCUUUUUGCUGCCAUCUUCCUCAUCAUAAAGUAUGGAACAUAGGCAGUUGCUAUUGAGAUUCUUGGAUAGAAGAGGACAACAUUCUGCACCUGCCCCCUUUUUUAAAUCUUUGGGGAAAGAUGAGUAACUUUCCCGGCUACUCUGCCUUCCUGUUCAGUAACUCUUAACUUUUGCCUGAAGUAAUAGCAUCUUCUACUUCUCCAUCUAGAGAUUUUUGUGUGUGUGCCAUCAAGGUUAGCAAACUUUAUACUUAGCCUGACACUUAAAAAAUGCACUCAUUAUCUUAAACCUAAUAAAUUCGAGAGUUUAUUUUGGUUCUCCUCUGUUGCCCUUCCUAAAAAAUGAGUUCAAGAUGACAGUAUUUUUCUUUACAUGCUUGGUUGUGACUUUUAAAGUUUUAUUUAAAUAAAUGUUGAAGCUCAAGUUUAAAGAAGCGUUGCAGAGGCCCACGGUCUCCUGGGUCUCAGCCAGCUGUCCAUAUUCCACAUUCGCUGACUCUGCUCCCUGCACUCCACUCAAGUUGAGAGUUCAAAUAGUCUUGAAGGGGAAUCAGCUUCAGGAUGGAAGGACCCAGGAGAGGCCCCGAGGGGGCGUUCUGUAAAUACAGACGACUGCGAGUGUGCGGAGCUCUCUGCCAUGAUACUUCCUUGGGACUGACUUGGCUGAGAACGUGUUCUGUCAGAGGAUUUGUUAGAACUCGGCCCUUUUGUCUGCAACUCAAGGCCAAGGAGAAUGAUAGGAGACUUAGGAUAGAACUGACCCCUGCACCAGGCUGGGAGGCUGCAGCCCUUUUAGAUGCCACAUUCCGUAAGUGGCCAGAAUACCAGAGAGGUGGGUUCCAUGGUCAACUGCACACUAGGUGUUUACCUUACAUAUGGAUCACCUUGUAGUCUUUAAAUUCUUGGUCCCUGAGGCCAAGUCCACAACUUGCCUUCUAGUCACUUGCCUGCCCGUCAGUGGUGGUGGAUGUGUUAGCUGGUAGAUUUGGAAUCAGUCACCAGUCUUUCUGUACUGUCUUGGUUAGGUCUAUGUAAGUAGGGGCAGAUUAGCCCUGAGACCCAGAGACCUGCUAUCCUUUUUCUCCUUGAGGGAGGAAAUAAAACUGCGGAACACAGUGUCCUUCCAUAGCAUGGGAAGAAGAAAAUAAACAUCUCCUUUCCAACAGC